UCAAAUAACUCUCCCUAAAUGAUUAUGGAUGAAUUUUGGGGUCCAAAUAAGAUUGACAGGACCACAUAGCAACCCUAAAUCUCUUUGACUUUGGUCAGACUAGACAUCUGAAGAACUGGAGAAACUGUACGAGUAUAACCGUAGAGGAACCGAAGCUCGAUGUAUUUUUAUAGAAGCUUCCGUUCCCGUUUCCGUCCCAGUUUCAGUUCCCGUGUGGUGGCCUCUUAAAUAUAAAAUCCACCGAAAAUAAUGGCGACUGUAUAUUAAUUGAAUGUAAACUUGAAGGAUCAGAGGAAGCAUUCGACUACUAUCCGAAAGUGCUUCUUUACUAAAGUCAAUUUCAGCUCUGUAAGCUUCCUUUUACUCUCUCUCGUUUCAGUUAUUCUGUGCUUUGGAACCCCUCAAUUUGUGAAGACCGGCUUCAAAUCUGAAUUACUUCAGCGGCUUCUAAGGUGGAGAUCUGGGGUACCCAAGUGCUUAAAAGGGCUUAAUUGUUGUUCCCAUUUGUGGGUUUUGCGAGCCCCAGUUUGUGGGUGUUCAAAACCCUAGGAGUGUCUAUUUAGGGGUUUGUUCUUUUAGCUGAAAUGUGCUCAGUGGGCUUUGAAUUAGGGUUUGGGGGAGGGAAGAUCUGAAGCUUAUGAAGCUGGGGAGAGUGAGUGCUUGUAGUGGAACUGGUUUUGGAUGAUAGGUUUUGAGGUUCUUGUAGCUGUUUCAGUGGGGGGUGGGGGGUGGUGGUGGUGGUGUUGGUGGUGGGGGUGAAACAGGGCUUCAAAAGGGAGCUGGGUACUGCAGAUACAAAAUAUUAGUUUGUGGGUGUGAAGGGUUGUAGCAGCUCUUUGGGUUGUGAGAAUGCUCAAAAUGGGUUGUGGGUAUUGCUGCAAGAAAAUCUCAGUUUGUGGGUGUUGAGGGUUAUUGAAGUUCUUUGAGUGGUGAAACUGCUUAAAAAGGGUGGUGGGUAUUGCUGCAAAGCAGGUUCAAGGCUUUGAGGUGGUGAGGAUUGUUGAAGUUUUUUGGGUGGUGAAAGUGCUUAAAAGGGGAGGGUAUUGCAGAAUCGGCUUUUCAGUUCCAAUGUGUUAAGGUUUGUAGAAGGGUUUUGUGUGGUGAAGUGCUUAAAAGGAGAGAGGAGGGUGUUCCUCAUUAGAGUUUCUGGUUUCUGUGUUUGUGUCGGGCAGUUGAAGUUCUUUUGUGUGUUGAAAGUUGCUUUGAUUCUGAAGAAUGAGGCUCUCUUCAUCGGGUUUUGCUCAUCAAACAGAAGAAGGGGAAAAGAAAUGCUUGAAUUCGGAGCUAUGGCAUGCAUGUGCAGGCCCUCUUGUAUCUCUGCCUGCUGUUGGAAGUCGUGUGGUGUACUUCCCCCAGGGUCACAGUGAACAGGUUGCUGCCUCAACCAACAAGGAAGUAGAUGCUCAUAUCCCUAACUACCCUAGUUUGGCCCCUCAACUUAUUUGUCAGCUUCAUAAUGUGACCAUGCAUGCAGAUGUUGAGACAGAUGAAGUAUAUGCUCAGAUGACCUUGCAACCAUUGAGUCCGCAAGAGCAAAAAGAAGUGUGCCUGCUACCAGCAGAAUUGGGUUCCCCCAGCAAACAGCCAACCAACUAUUUCUGCAAAACAUUGACUGCAAGUGACACCAGUACUCAUGGAGGAUUCUCUGUUCCUCGCCGGGCUGCUGAAAAAGUGUUUCCUCCUCUUGAUUACACCCAGCAGCCUCCUGCUCAAGAAUUGAUUGCAAGGGAUCUUCAUGGUAAUGAAUGGAAAUUCAGACAUAUAUUUCGUGGCCAGCCCAAGAGGCAUCUUCUUACAACAGGAUGGAGUGUGUUUGUAAGUGCAAAAAGACUUAUUGCCGGCGAUUCUGUCCUUUUUAUCUGGAACGAAAAGAAUCAAUUACUCCUGGGUAUUCGGCGAGCUAAUCGUCCACAAACCAUAAUGCCUUCAUCAGUUUUAUCAAGUGAUAGCAUGCAUAUUGGCCUUCUUGCUGCAGCUGCCCAUGCAGCUGCCACAAAUAGCCGCUUUACUAUAUUUUACAAUCCAAGGGCUAGUCCAUCAGAAUUCGUCAUACCUUUGGCAAAGUAUGCCAAAGCAGUCUAUCAUACCCGUGUUUCUGUUGGUAUGCGUUUCAGGAUGCUGUUUGAGACGGAAGAGUCGAGUGUCCGUCGGUACAUGGGCACAAUAACUGGCAUUAGUGAUUUAGAUCCUGUUCGCUGGCCAAACUCACAUUGGCGCUCUGUAAAGGUUGGUUGGGAUGAAUCCACUGCCGGGGAGAGGCAACCCAGAGUUUCCUUGUGGGAGAUUGAGCCUUUAACAACAUUCCCAAUGUAUCCAUCCCCUUUCCCACUUAGACUGAAGCGACCAUGGCCCUCUGCCCUACCUUCCUUCCACGCUCACAAAGAUGGUGAUAUGAGCAUAAAUUCUCCACUCAUGUGGCUCCGAGGAGACAUUGGAGAUCAGGGGAUUCAGUCUUUAAAUUUUCAGGGUUAUGGACUUACACCCUGGAUGCAACCAAGGCUUGAUGCAUCAAUGCUUGGUUUACAAUCUAACAUGCAACAAGCUAUAGCAGCUGCUUCGCUUCAGGAAUUGAGAGCACUGGAUCCUUCCAAACAUCCUGCUCAGUCCCUUUUGCAGUUCCAGCAACCACAAAAUGUUUCCAAUAGUCCUGCUUCUGUCUUCCGGGGGCAGAUGUUGCAGCAGACACAAUCUCAACAUGCUUUUCUUCAAAGCUUUCAAGAAAACCCACCCCAGGCUCAGGCUCAGGCUCAGGCUCAGGCUCAUGCUCAUGCUCAUGCUCAGGCUCAGGCUCAUGCUCAGGCUCAGGCUCAGGCUCAUGCUCAGGCUCAUGCUCAGGCUCAGGCUCAUGCUCAGGCUCAGGCUCAGGCUCAGGCUCAGGCCCAGGCUCAGGCUCAGGCUCAUGCUCAGGCUCAGGCUCAGGCCCAGCUUCUGCAACAACAGUUGCAGGGUCGGCAGGCGUUGAGUAAUCAACAGCAGCAACAACAGCUUCAACAGCAGCAGCAGCAACAACACCAUCAACAACAGCAGCAGCAACAACAACAUCAACAACAGCAGCCACAACUUCAACAACCCCAGCAGCUGCAUCGGCAGUUGUCUGAUCAGCAACAUAUCCCAAAGGUCAUAUCUGCUCUAUCUCAGCUUUCAUCACCCACUCAAUCUCUGCCUCCUUCCUUACAGACUAUCCCUUCACCAAUACAGCAGCAGAUUUUUCCUGAUUCUGUUGGGAACCCAAUUACUACAUCAGAUGUUUCUACCAUGCAGAGUCUUUUAGGUUCAUUCUCCCAAGAUGGAACAUCCCAUCUACUUAACUUGCAUGGAUCAAAUCCUGUAAUUUCUUCUUCUGCCUUCUUUCCCAAGCAAGUUGCGGUUGAACCUCCGCUUCCCUCUGGAACUACUCAAUGUGUACUGCCCCAGGUGGAAGAGUUGGCAACACCGCCUUCAAAUGCCUCUGAACUCUCCACCUUGUUGCCACCUUUUCCUGGUAGAGAGUACUCUGUGUACCAAGGUGUUGCUGAUCCCCAAAACAAUCUUCUGUUUGGGGUUAAUAUAGACUCUUCAUCUCUUAUGCUGCAAAAUGGGAUGUCAAAUCUAAGAAGUAUUGGCAGUGAGAAUGAUUCAGUGUCUAUGCCAUUUUCUACGCCUAAUUUUGCAAAUGCUCCAGGCACCGAUUUUCCACUUAAUUCAGACAUGACAACUUCAAGUUGCAUAGAUGAAUCAGGUUUCUUGCAGUCUUCUGAAAAUUUGGAGCAAGUAAACCCACCAACCAGAACCUUUGUUAAGGUUCACAAGUUAGGGUCCUUUGGGAGGUCACUGGAUAUCACCAAAUUCAGCAGCUAUGAUGAGCUGCGUGGUGAGCUUGGCCGAAUGUUUGGCCUUGAAGGCCGGUUGGAGGACCCUCUGAGAUCAGGCUGGCAGCUUGUAUUUGUUGACCGAGAGAAUGAUGUUCUUCUCCUUGGUGAUGACCCUUGGCAGGAGUUUGUCAAUAAUGUGUGGUAUAUCAAGAUACUAUCUCCGCUUGAAGUCCAGCAGAUGGGCAAAGAAGGCAUCAAUGUCCCGAAUCCCAUCCCAAGCCACAGGAUUUCCAAUAGUGGCAACAGCUGUGAUGACUACUGAUGCUGCAGGACUGUUAAAAAAAACCAAGUGAAGAAGUGCAACCCCUCAUCCCAUCUGUGUAGGCUGUUGACAAACAUUUUGGAAUUUGGAAGGGAAACGCAAAAAUGGCAGCUGAUGAGUUUUUACCGCAAUCUCUCUUGUUUGUAUCACCCAAGACGUUAUAUCCACCCCUUGGUUGGGGGUGGGAUAAGAGUGUGUGGGUAAGUGGUAAGCUUACCUUUAAAUCUUGUAUGUCAGCUUGUUACUGUAAAUUAUAAUGUGAUAAUCUCGUCUUAAAAACAUUAUAUUAAAUACAUACAUGGGAACAAUGUGUAUCAAUUAGGACAACCGAAAUGAUUAUGAUUAUGAUAGUUUUUAGUUUGA